UUGAGCACAGUUUUCCCGAACUUGCAACAGACGUGCUUAUAAUCCCCUCAAUUAAAUUAUACUUACAUAAUAAAAUCUCCCAUUGCAAAAGAAAACAUUGACAUAUUUUGUAAUAUCGGUCUUCCCAUCAAAACGUUAUAAAUGCUAUAAAAUGAAAUAACACUUUUGCGGUAUAAAACGUCAUAUUUUCACUUUUACAAAUAAUUCCCAAACUCAACUAAUACUUACGGAACUGAUAAUUGAAAAAUGGAAGCAGUAUUACAACCUCAAACUUAUACUCAAUUAAAUGGAAGCAGUAUUACAACCUCAAACAUAUACAGUAUAUCUGAAGGGAAUUGGAUAUAUGAGUUUCAAAUUUUAGCUUUUGUUUAUUUAUAUUUAAUCGAAUAACGUAGACUUACGGUUAUUAGUUGUUAUCAAUCAAAUCAAAGUGCAUAACAUAUCGAAUGGAGUAUUAAAGAUCUUUUGCUUGUAUACUUGUCCUACCAGUCAGAAUAAUCCAACCACUAGUUACUCAACACGAGUAAACUAUGACAACCGAAACACAAUUGACAUCAGCACAUGUAUCUGAAUCUGAUUAUACUCUUGAUGUUUAUGAUUCCGUUGAUUGUUUGGACCCAUUGUAAUUGCAUGAUUCCAUAAUUAGACAAGAACCAAGUUGCUUUGGUCUAGUGGUAUAGGAGCUCCAGAUGGAGUGCCCGCCCCUGGGUUCGAGCCUUGGCCACUGCAGAAUUUACAUAUGGGCUGCAGCAUCCGAGACCGAAGACCGUUACACGGUGAGCCACAUGGUGACGCCCUGGCAGCGUCCUUGCUCACUUCGGUCUCUAGUCUGGACCACCUCGGUGGGGCCAGGAUACUCGGUUAGCAAAAAAAAAAAUAAUUAGACAAAAAAAAUUGAGUUCAUUAGUUCGCAAUCUUUCCAAAGUGAGAAUCUAGUUUAACUAAUUUUUCAGCACCUACUUUAGUGUUGAGUUCUAACUUAUAUACGUAUGUGUGCUCUUAAAGUGUAUAUAUAUUUGUACUUAAUUUCAUUUAUGGACUAUGGUCAUAUUUUAAGAUUAACGCAUGGAAUUGAAAAAAACACUUUGAAACCUUGGCAUGCAUCGUCAAUAGAUCCACAAGUUUUAACACACUACAAUGAAAUUCUCAGUAGUUACCAAUAACAAAUAUCUUUAAAGAAAUGAUUACCAGUGAAUAUUAUCAGAAUUCACGGAUGGGAUAUCCUUAUUAUCCAAAACAACUGUUGACUCUAGAUUAGACUAUUGCUCUUUAACAAUAGUUCUCCCAAUGUUACUCAUAUGUGUCACUAACAAUCCUAAAAGAAAAAAAAAUUGUGAACAACAUAUUUAUUUCUGUGGUCUAACUGCAUAUCCACGCUCACCACUUAUCCAACACAAACAGUUAGUUGGACUCAAAAAUCUAUCAUGAAUAGUAUUUUAUCUACAUACCAGUGCUAAUAUGAUUUCUUAUUUUCCCCAUCAUACUCGAAAUCAUUUUAAAAAAGUUCUAGAAAAAUUGAAAAAUAUUAUUUAAAUGUUUUGUAUUCAAAGAUUCCUUUGGCUGAUUACUUAGUGCUCCAUUUGUUAUUGGAAGACAAGUUAAAUCGAAGUACUCUUUCCGUGCAAAAACCAAAGCCGUCAUUUUAGGGGUGUGUUCUAAUUAGUCGCUGCGUUAAUGUUCCCAAAUGCCCUUACCUUUUGCGUAUGGAGAUAUGGUAUUAUACCGUGUACUGUUCAUGUAAAUAUAUAAAAAAAAGUUUGAACGUUUCAGUUUUUCUUAUCUUUUUGUCACAAGAACGUUUCAGUUUAAUCAUUGCUUUUCCUGCCAACAGAAAUAAAAAGAUAACAUAGAGGCAAAAAAGAAUCGUUGCAUAAAAAUCCAAUAUCAGUAGGAAAUUUCCAUAACAUGCAGAUAAUGCAAUCCACAACAAGGUAAGAUUUAGUGUAACUUUUUUUUUUUUGGUUAACAGUGUCAGAGCAGCAUUAGCGGUAUGUUUCUUUACUAGCGUGACAUGAUAUAUUAAUAUUUUAAUGCAGACUAAUUAUUUGAAUUAAAUUUAAUUUUCAAAAUUUGUUGUAUCCAGCACGUAUAGAACAACUCUAGAAAAAGGUAUGAAAGUCCCUUCACAAGCAUACGUGUAUUUCAUUUUUUUAAUUAAUUUUUGGAGUGAAGUACUCUUGGAAAAUAUCAUUUUCUAAAGAUAUUUAAAAUAAAACAAUGAAUAAAGUAGAGUCCAAGUUUGUAUGUGUGAUGCACAUGUAUGUGGAUAGAUAUAAGAAAAGUAGGUACAUUAAGACAAAAAUCCCCAUUACUAGGUAUUCAACUGUUCAAGGUUCCCUACCGACUUGUGCACAUGUGUGUAAACAAACACUAUUAUAUACACCUUUAAUAAAUGGUAAGUCUGAUCAUAUUUCUAAAUUUAAUUUGUAAUCAUUGACUUCAAAAUUGCAAGAAAAAUCAAAGGGGUAGAAAGGCAUAAAAGAGGGAGCAAACUCAAGUCAUAAAGAAAUAAAAGAGUCUUUCCUUAUCUCAUGAUAUUUUGACCAUUUAAUCCAUUCAAGAGAGAGAGAGAGAGAGAGAGAGAGAGAGAGAGAGAGAGAGAGAGAGAGAGAGAGAGAGAGAGAGAGAGAGAGAGAGAGAGAGAGAGAGAGACUCGUUUGAAAUGAAAUGUUAAUCAAUUAUGAUUAAGAAUUGUUAACAUUUCUUAAUCACAUAUAUGUAUAUAUAGCAGUGUGAUUUGAUUUUGUUGUUAUCUUCAUACGGUGCGUAUAUUGCGUUUUCAAAGCUAACGUACAUCAACUUUUAUCUUUACCCACCAUAUAUGGGUAGAUAGUACAACACGUAUAUUUAACUAAGAAUGAAGUGAUUAGUAAUAAUCUUGGUUUGGUUUACAACCACAACCAUGUAUCAUUAUCUAAUUGUCUUAGUUUACCCUUUUAUUUUGACAGUCACUAAAUUUAAUUAUAUUUUUUUGUAUAGAAACAUGUGCAUGUUAAUUUGUAAAUAGAUACCAUAUUCUAAAAUUAUAUAACUAUCCAAGAAUAUAAAAACAAAUCAUAUAUUUCAUAUGAACCAAUGAUAAAACGACUAAAAAGAACAUCAUCCCCUGUCAACAUUAAUAAAUAGAUUGAUUCCGCUUCAUCUUCUAGUGUAAACAAAAAAGUUUUCGAGUGUUUUCUGAAAAUUUUAUUUAAAAAUGUUCAACAAUUCAUACUGGAUGAAGCAUGAAUCUCUCAGGAAAGAUUCAGGUUUCCGUUCGUUUUUAUUUGUUUGUUUCUUUUCCGAUUUUUAGAAAAUAAUCAUGACCUAAGAUAUGUAUUCAAGUUGUUCUUAACCCUCUUGCUUGGUUAAUCCUUUGCUUUGUCAAAAAAAAACAUGAUCUAAGAGCAGGUCCAACAUGGAUAUCUAUCAAAAUAUCUAACUAUUUUAAAAUAACAUGAAGAAAUUAGAAAAUGAAGAGAGGUAACAAGAUCCGUUUCUUAGCUAAGCAACUUUAAAAACUCUUCUUGAUGCUUCUUUGCCACCUGCUAUUUGUUUAUUGGAUCAUUGCUAUUAUCUUUAUUAUGUAACUAAUUUGCUUAAACUAGAAAUAAUUUAUUUAUUUAUUAGAUACCUAAAACAGGAUACUAACCGAUAAGGAUGCCCGAAGACCUAAAACAUGGAUACGGUACUAAAGGUUUUAAUGACAAGUUGAAUAGUAUCUGAUUAAAUUUUCUCAAUGCCUAGAAAAGAUAGAUUCCUAAUUCCUUUAUUGACGCAAAACACAGUUGGGUUUGAACGAUGAAUAACUUCUAAGAAAGACGAAUGACUCCCCCAUAACAGCAGUUCAGCACCACUCAGAUGCUCUGAUAUCCCGUUAUCUUAUUUAUAUAUAUAUAAGCAUCAUUAGUGAGAAUCUCUAGUCUAAUAAACAAUUAGUAAAAAGGAUUAAGUAAAAGAGAUGACAGAUUUAGAAGAAAGAUGUGAGAUACGUAACUUUAUAGAGAGACGAUGCUGAGUUUUGAAGAAAAAAAAAGAAAAUUAAAAAAUUUAAGAAAACAGAUUUUAAUUGGUCGAAAGUCUUUAGACAGUCCCUGAACACCGUGGAUGCUUUGAGACGUAAUGUUAAAUGAUAAAGAUAAUGCAAACAUCUUCUUCUUCUCUCUGAUGUAUAAGAAAAAGCAUUUUCUUUAAAUUAUUUUGAUUAUCCACUUCUCCAUGCACCUGUUUAUAUCUGUCUAUAAAAUUUAUGGAGAUGAUCGAUGAUACUAAAUCAUACACAUAAAUAUAUCCAUGAUAGACCAAAGAUUGCGGCUGAGAUGCCUCGGAUACCUUUACUUUAUGUAAUGUGGUCGAAUAACUACAGUCUUGGCACACUAAAAUUAAGUUCUUUGUAUCCAAUCUUGUUCUUAUAGAAACCAACUACUCUGCUUUGGCUCACUAAAAGUUAACUAUUACACACACACACGCUUUUCUCUAAAAUAACUAGCGUCAUUAUCGUUAGCAUGCUAUCUGUUGUCUCAAAGGUAUUAUCGUUAGCUUUAUGUUCUUUUUUUAACACCCAUGGCCGUCUUCCCGUGCGACGACGGUGUGGAGAUUUUUCUCGACUGGAUAAAGAGAAAAAAAUAUUUGGUCAAUAACAUUCAUAAUCUUUCUAGACAUCAUAUUAUUACAAUAUUAUUUAAUGUCUUAGAAACCAGAUUCAUUCAACUAAUUUUACAACCCUGUCCGAGUUUGUCAAUUUUUUUUAUCAAUUGACUGAAAAUUUAACCUUGUUUGAUAUGUUUUACCUUAAAUCAAGUCAGUUAUGGUUUAAGAUGUAAAUACAUAUAUAUAGAUAAAUUAAUGUGACAUGAGCUAGGUGCAUAUUUACUAAAUUCUUAUGUUGGAAACUUUGUUAUUGCUUCACCCAAUUGCUGAAAAUGGGCUCCACGCCCACGCCUCUGCUCUCAUUUACUCUAUAAAACCAUCUGCUCUCUUCAUAACCCCAAUAACUCGAUCAAAAUUCCCAAAGCUUUUUUUAUUUCACCUACCUUUCUCCUCGAAAAAAAAAACCUGACUUGUUUCUCAAGUUAACUCCAAAAUGCAGCCGCAAGCAGACGUUUUCAGCCUCCAUAACUACAUAAACUCCUCGAACCCAUCUCCAUAUCCUUCCCAUUUCCCCAUAUCCCCGCCAUAUCCGAUCAACGGUCUAAACCUGAAUCCCUUCUACGGAAUUCAAAGUGCUACUAACAAUCCACAAUCCAUGAGCCUAAGCAGCAACUCGACAUCAGAUGAAGCAGAAGAGCAGCAGACGGACAAAAACAUAAUCAACGAGCGGAAGCAGAGAAGGAUGAUAUCAAACAGAGAAUCAGCAAGGAGAUCGCGUAUGAGGAAGCAGCGACACCUUGACGAGCUUUGGUCUCAGGUGAUGUGGUUCAGGGUCGAGAACUAUCAGUUGCUUGAUAAGCUUAACAAUCUCUCUGAAUCUCACGAAAAGAUUCUUCAAGAGAAUGUUCAGCUCAAAGGGGAAACAUCUGAGUUAAAGCAGGUGAUUAGUGAUAUGAAAAUUCAAAGCCCUUUCUCUUGCUUCGGAGACGAUAUAAUCCCCAUUGAAUAGAGCAUUUUUACCCCCAUGCACCGACGUUCAUAUAUGAAUUAUGUGUUUUGUACUCGGAGCAUUUUUUUAGUUUACCAAGACUCCAAGAGGAUGCAGUAAUUUUAAAAACUAAAAACACUAGUAUUAUUGAAGAAUAUAUAUAAGUGGUGUUGGUCAAAUCAUGAGUCAUGUUUGUGAUGGGGACAGAGUAAGGUGGUGUAUGUUCUGCUUCAUAUUACAAAAAUUUCCAAAUUUCCAA